AUGAACACUGGUAGAUUCAAGCAAGCUGUUGCUUAUUCACAAUUUGAAGAGUUGCUGCAAAGUUCACCUGCUAUUCCAAAAAAUCUAAUCAUUAGUAAAGGUCGUGUGAGCGAUGAUACUAUCGCGACCAUAUACAUUAAACUGGCCAGGUUUGCCGAAUGUGAAAUAUAA